GCUGGGCUGCUGGCCUAUGCCAUCUUCUUUCCUUGCUGCCACACCCAUUGCUCCGGCCUCCCCUUCUGGGAUCUCAGAGCCCCAAGAGCCCAACUCUGAUCUCUACCAAUUAGCAUGAGUCCGCAGGUACCCAACCUGCUCUUGGUCUUGCUCACAGUGGUUGCAGCCCAGAUGCCUUCAGCUGAUCCCCCAGUCCAGGACUCUAACUGUGGGACCCUGCCUCUGCCCUUGCCCCUGCCCCUGCUUGUGGGCCUUGUGGCAGCUGAUGCGCUGAUGACCCUGCUCAUUGUGGGUGCUGUGUUUGCCUGUGCUCGGCCCUGGGGAACCUCCCGGAAACCAGAGAAGAGCAGGAUCUAUGUGAACAUGCCUGGGAGAGGCUGAGCCCCGUGGCACCCCACCACCUUGUGGACAAGAACCCAUAUCCCCUUCAGACAAUCCUGGCAUCCCCAUCUAACUGAAGACAACUUGCCCCUUGUCCCCUGUAAACUCCUCCUUAACCCUGAAAAUAAAGGAAUUGAUUCUUA